GUGAUCCUGUACACCAACGGUACCCUGCUAAUCACCCAGGUGAAGCCCAGAAACAUUGGCUCCUACAGGUGUGUGGGUAGAGGGCCCCGGGGCCCCGACAUCACGCUGGAGGCCUCCCUCCUCAUAGCAGGUACUACACUAACAUACACACACACGCAGACACACACACACACCUGAUUGAAUGGGUGGAAUGGAGGAUUUAUGGCAGUGUCGAAGCAGCAGCUAUUCUUUCUGGGAUCCACACAAAAACAUAAAACACAACAAGUAUCAAAACACUGAUACACUGAUAGAAUCUAAUCAAAUGUUCUAUUUGGCACAUGCUUCGGAAACAACAGGUGUAGACUAACAGUGAAAUGCUUACUUACGGGUCCUUUUCCAACAAUGCAGAUUUAAAGAUAAUUUUUGUUUUGUUAUAAUGACACGAGGAAAAAUAUGCAGUUAAUAAUGAAUAACAAAAAACGUGUAAAAAUUACAUGGCUACAGUGCCUUUUCAGAAAGUAUUCAUACCCCUUGACUUAUUCCACAUUUUGUUGUGUUACAGCCUGAAUAAAAAAAAAAAAAAAAAAAAUUUAACUGCUCACCCAUCUACACACAAUAACCCAUAAUGACAAAGUGAAAACAUGUUUUUAAAAAUGUUUGCAAAUGUAUUGAAAAUGAAAUACAGAAAUAUUUCAUUUACAUAAGUUUUCACACCCCUUUGUAGAAGCACCUUUGGCAGCGAUUACAGCUGUGAGUCUUUCUGGGUAAGUCUCUAAGAGCUUUCCACACCUGGAUUGUGCAACAUUUGCCCAUUUUAUUUUUCAAAGUUCUUCAAGCUCUGUCAAAUUUGUUGUUGAUCAUUGCUAGACAAACAUUGUCAGGUCUUGCCAUAGAUUUUCAAGUAUAUUUAAGUCAAAACUGUAACUCGGCCACUCAGGAACAUUCACUGUCAUCUUGGUAAGCAACUCCAGUAUAGAUUUGGCCUUGUGUUUUAGGUUAUUGUCCUGCUGAAAGGUGAAUUCAUCUCCCAGUGUCUGGUGGAAAGCAGACUGAACCAGGUUUUCCUCUAGGAUUUUGCCUGUGCUUAGCUCCAUUCCGUUUCUUUUUUAUCCUGAAAACCUCCCCAGUCCUUAAUGAUUACAAGCAUACCCAUAACAUGAUGCAGCAACCACUAUACUUGAAAAUAUGGAGAGUGGGACUCAGUAAUGUGUUGUAUUGGAUUUGCCCCAAACAUAACACUUUGUAUUCACGCCAAAAAAGGAAUUGCUUUGCCACAUUUUUUGCAGUAUUACUUUAGUGCCUUGUUGCAAAGAGGAUGUAUGUUUUGGGAUAUUUGUAUUCUGUACAGGCUUCCUUCUUUACACUCUGUCAAUUAGGUAAGUGUUGUGGAGUAACUACAAUGUUGUUGAUCCAUCCACAGUUUUCUCCAAUCACAGCCAUUAAACUCUGUAACUGUUUUGAAGUCACCAUUGGCCUCAUGGUGAAAUCCCUGACUGUUUUCCUUCCUCUCCGGCAACAAAGUUAAGAAGAAUGCCAGUAUCUUUGUAGUGACCAGGGGUGUAGUGCUGCCGGAGCACAGAGGAGCAGCGCUCCCUCACUUUUUUCAAUUUGAGAAUACAUGGUGCUGGUAAAACUAUUUCAGGAAAAUAAAUUCGGAUAAAUUCUAAAAUAAUUAUAUUUAAUUACCACGUUAAUAAACUCCACGGACCCUCUCUUGCGCAGUGGAACUCAGAACGAUAUGUGACCACUUGGUUACGGCGACACCGUUCUGCCGAGGACACCCAAACCAGAGUGGCCACCACCUCUUUUACAUAAUUGCGUGAUCUUGGUGCUGUCCAUUCAGAACCACGAAGAGUGCUCCAAUCGUUUAAAAUAACACUCAUCAUGAUCUGUUGCCUAUGCCUAAUAGUCCUACUCAUCACUUAUUAUUAGUAUUAUUACAAAUAGAAGAUUAUCACUUCUCACAAUGGUGUUCGUUUAGUAAAGUUAGAUCAAAGCUGAAUCAAUGUCUCGCAAGAUCACAUAACGAUUCAUUGAUAUUUUAUAUAACAGAACCAAAUAUAAUAGCAUAGCAUAGGAGGCCUAUAACAUUACUUUUACACCAAAAACACCUCCUCUUUUCUAAUGAGAUUUUAGGAUGGUUAGCUGAAGCUGAAUAGUCCCCAGAAAAUUAUAAUGCGCCAAAACUCAACAGAGCCCGCCACUAUUCAGGAUAUAUGCUUUGAUUGAAACAAAAUAUAAGAAAGGCUAAUCGUUUUUUAACAUCUGCUCUAAUACGUUCACGAAACAGUUAUUCAAUGAGAUGGAAAUGCAUCGGCUAUUCCCAUGAAACUGGUUGAGAUCAAUCAAAUGAUUGGCAUGCAGGUGCAGUUUCACCAGUAAAACUUGAAUCAUUAUCAUUCACGAGUGACAGUGAUGAUGGCCUAUUUUGAAAUGAGGUAUGCCUAACUUGGCGUUUGAGGGUAUCAUUGUUGAGUGGUCCCUGCAGCGUACCAUUGCAAAUAUGUGAUUGGAACAGUAGCAAUUAAACGUAUGAUGCAACAAACACGUUUAAACAGCAUUGUUGUCUGAAAAGCAUCUAAACAAUGUGUUGUACUGAUGGGAAAUAAAGGUCUUCCAACUUUAUUCCUCAAUUUCACCUUUUAUUGUAAAAGAUAAAUGCGAACUUCAUCAUUCAAGCAUAACAUGGAACACAUCCACAGCCAAACUCAUUCCAUAAACCAGUCUAAAUAACAGGUUGCGCUGACAAAAAACUAAACAUAAGUUAGCGACCUAACAGCUACACUUGUUUACAAUGUACCACAUCUCUGGUGAGCACAAGGGAGAAAUGUAAUAUUGUUUAGGAAAGAGAUGCGUGUAAGCUAAGCUAAUAGCAACUAAAUUCUUUAUGAUGGCAGCCAUGUUUUGUUUGUUUGACAAGAGAAAACUCCCUAAUCCCAGAAUGCCAUUCACUAUGAGACGCAAAUAAACAAAGUCAAAGUCAAAGAUGGCUAUGCCCAUUGCCCGAAAAAUAUUAACUUAGUUUGGCCACUUUUCAACAUAUUACAAAUCUUUGAUGUACUUGUUACAGUGUAUACAAGAACCGGAGCACAUGACUUGACAAUUCGUUUACAGUUUUUGACAAAUAAGAUACAAUUUGAUCCCCUCACAGAUCAUCACCUCAAAUACAAGCCUACUGCUUAGCCUAACUGUAGCGUGAAAGCUAAACAGGGUUGCCAGAUUUGGGUGAAACCAUUUUAGGGGGGUUUGUGGGUGGGUUCAUUUCAUUUGUGGGGGAUUUCAAGUCCAUGGGGGGUAGAAAUGGGGGACGGUAUCGUGGGGGGAUAUGAUGCAGGAAAUAUUACUAUGAUGGGGGACGUAUCAAUAAAUGGGGGGAAAACACAGAAGAAGUUUAUAAGCUAAACAAUAGUUACAAUCUAAGUCAGUCGAGUGAACCGUCCCUUCACCUCGUUUUGUUAUAACAUCUUUGGUCUCACAGACAUUUACAUGAAAACCAGAAUGCAUUGGAUGAUGUCAACAAACAUGGCGCCACACAUACAGUAGCUGGCAUUUCGCUUAGCAUUAGCUCAUCAUAAUCAGUACAACCUUCCAAAAAGUAUUUUACACACAUCAUAUGUGUCCAUUUCAAUCAUGAUUUGUCACCAGUACUUGAAAACAUGUGAAUAAAACAGUAAAUACAUUAUGCUCCAUACAUGCAUACUGUACAUACAUACACUACCGUUCAAAUGUCUGGGGUCACUUAGAAAUGUCCUUGUUUUCGAAAGAAAAGCAAAUUUUUUGUUCAUUAAAAUAACAUCAAAUUGAUCAGAAAUACAGUGUAGACAUUGUUAAUGUUGUAAAUGGCUAUUGUAGCUGGAAACGGCUGAUUUUUAAUGGAAUGUCUACAUAGGCGUACAGAGGCCUAUUAUCAGCAACCAUCAGUCCUGUGUUCCAUGAGGUAAUUUACAGUUAUUUUUUGCGCUCUCUUACCUAAAGAAAUAGCACUACGCCACUGGUAGUGACUGGGUACAGUGGGGGAAAAAAGUAUUUAGUCAGCCACCAAUGGUGCAAGUUCUCCCACUUAAAAAGAUGAGAGAGGCCUGUAAUUUUCAUCAUAGGUACACGUCAACUAUGACAGACAAAAUGAGAAAAAAGAAUCCAGAAAAUCACAUUGUAGGAUUUGUUAUGAAUUUUUUUGCAAAUUAUGGUGGAAAAUAAGUAUUUGGUCAAUAACAAAAGUUUCUCAAUACUUUGUUAUAUACCCUUUGUUUGCAAUGACACAGGUCAAACGUUUUCUGUAAGUCUUCACAAGGUUUUCACACACUGUUGCUGGUAUUUUGGCCCAUUCCUCCAUGCAGAUCUUCUCUAGAGCAGUGAUGUUUUGGGGCUGUCGCUGGGCAACACGGACUUUCAACUCCCUCCAAAGAUUUUCUAUGGGGUUGAGAUCUGGAGACUGGCUAGGCCACUCCAGGACCUUGAAAUGCUUCUUACGAAGCCACUCCUUCGUUGCCCGGGCGGUGUGUUUGGGAUCAUUGUUAUGCUGAAAGACCCAGCCACGUUUCAUCUUCAAUGCCCUUGCUGAUGGAAGGAGGUUUUCACUCAAAAUCUCACGAUACAUGGCCCCAUUCAUUCUUUCCUUUACACGGAUCAGUCGUCCUGGUCCCUUUGCAGAAAAACAGCCCCAAAGCAUGAUGUUUCCACCCCCAUGCUUCACAGUAGGUAUGGUGUUCUUUGGAUGCAACUCACCAUUCUUUGUCCUCCAAACACGACGAGUUGAGUUUUUACCAAAAAGUUAUAUUUUGGUUUCAUCUGACCAUAUGACAUUCUCCCAAUCCUCUUCUGGAUCAUCCAAAUGAACUCUAGCAAACUUCAGACUGGCCUGGACAUGUACUGGCUUAAGCAGGGGGACACAUCUGGCACUGCAGGAUUUGAGUCCCUGGCGGCAUAGUGUGUUACUGAUGGUAGGCUUUGUUACUUUGGUCCCAGCUCUCUGCAGGUCAUUCACUAGGUCCCCCCGUGUGGUUCUGGGAUUUUUGCUCACCGUUCUUGUGAUCAUUUUGACCCCACGGGGUGAGAUCUUGCGUGGAGCCCCAGAUCGAGGGAGAUUAUCAUGUAUGUCUUCCAUUUCCUAAUAAUUGCUCCCACAGUUGAUUUCUUCAAACCAAGCUGCUUACCUAUUGCAGAUUCAGUCUUCCCAGCCUGGUGCAGGUCUACAAUUUUGUUUCUGGUGUCCUUUGACAGCUCUUUGGUCUUGGCCAUAGUGGAGUUUGGAGUGUGACUGUUUGAGGUUGUGGACAGGUGUCUUUUAUACUGAUAACAAGUUCAAACAGGUGCCAUUAAUACAGGUAACGAGUGGAGGACAGAGGAGCCUCCUAAAGAAGAAGUUACAGGUCUGUGAGAGCCAGAAAUCUUGCUUGUUUGUAGGUGACCAAAUACUUAUUUUCCACCAUAAUUUGCAAAUAAAUUCAUUAAAAAUCCUACAAUGUGAUUUUCUGGAUUUUUUUUCCUCAAUUUGUCUGUCAUAGUUGACGUGUACCUAUGAUGAAAAUUACAGGCCUCUCUCAUCUUUUUAAGUGGGAGAACUUGCACAAUUGGUGGCUGACUAAAUACUUUUUUUCCCCACUGUAUAUUGAUACACCAUCCAAAGUGUAAUUAAUGACUUCACCAUGUUCAAAGGGAUAUUCAAUGUCUACUUUUAUUUUAUGUAUUUUUACCAAUAGGUGCCAUUCUUUGCGAGGCAUUGGAAAACCUCCCUGUUCUUUGUGGUUGAAUCUAUGUUUGAAAUUCACUGCUCUACUGAGGGACCUUACAGAUAAUUGUAUGUGUGGGGUACAGAGAUGAGGUAGUCAUUAAAAAAAUCAUGUUAAACACUAUUAUUGCACACAGAGUGAGUGCAUGCAACUUAUUAUGUGACUUGUUAAGCACAUUUGUACUCCUGAAUUUAUUUGGACUUGCCAUAUCAAAGGGGUUAAAUACUUAUUGACUCAAGACAUCCCCCCUCCCCAUUUUAAUGAGUGAAUGAUUUUUUUAUAUUUUUGUUUUUUACAUCAUUUUACCCCUCACUCAGCAACUUCACUCCUACUCAUCUCCAGUUCCACAUUCCAACACUCCCUCAGCCCAUCCCACCUAUCUCUGCUGGCCACCCUCUUCGGAUUUCUACGCACCAUAUACCUUUCAACCAUGAUGUAAUGUCUAAUAUACAAUUUGAAUCUAUCUAAUCGAAUAGAAUCCACCAACUGCGAGUUGAAGAUAAAUACUUUUGCUAAGAGUAUUAAUAUAUUACCGAUUGACUGACCAGGUCUCUCCAAAUCUCCCAACAAUGCUAUUUCUAGGGUUAAUUUUAGAUACAUUUUAUGCAUUUUCAGCCAUUCCUGAACCUGAGACCAGAAGCAGGCUACCUGAGGGUAAUACCAAAACAAAUGGUCUAUUCUGUAUCCUCGAAUCAAAAUCUCCAGAGCUGUGAUUGUUGUAUGCCCCAAAUAUUCAACAUUUUGUUUGUGGCUGUACAAUAAUUUCUGCUGAAAAGCAUGAAGUGUUGAAUCUUGCAUCAUUUUAUACAUCAGCUCAUACACCCUAUGCCAUGUAAAAAAUCUCUUCCCAGCUAUUUUGCAAUCUGUAUGGCGCAGCUGUCAACAUCCUGGUCCUCAAAUGAAACUGGUAUACUUUCCUAUUUAUGCUACUUUUAUUUCUCCACCAGGUUUUAUCCUUUAUAUUGGGCAGACAGACCAGUUCCCUGCCUCCUCCUACUGCCACUUGCCACCUCCAUUUUUGGGGUAGUGCUAUAAUCAAUUAGUUGUAAUCUUGGAUUGAGCAGACCUUUCCAUACAGUUCCGAUAGCUCCAUGUAAGACAUAACUGUACCAUUCCAAUUUACAAUAUCAUUUAAAAACUAAAUACCCUUCUCAAACAUAUUUUCCAUAAAUACAGGUAUUUUAUCAACCAGUACAUUUAAGUUCAACCAUCAUAUUUGUUCUGUCUUUUCCGGGGGAUGAAAUUGAAAUUAUAACCAGCUCUGUAUCGCCUGUUUGAGAAAGAGCGAUACUUUGAACAAGGUUUCAUUUUCAAUUAACAGUAAUUGUCGUCUGAUACUGACUUCAACUCCUUAUUUAGAAUUUCAGUUAGCUCACUGGCUUUCGGUGCUGACAUGCAGAGUGUGGAAUCAUCUGCAUACAUUCUAGCUUUGUGUAAGACCAGUGGCAAAUAAUUUGUAAAAAUAGAGAACAUUUACGGCCAAAGGCAACUACCCUGAGGGACAGGGCAUGUUAGAGAAGCUUCCAUUGAGUUCUAUGUACUUCCUCUCAGUACCUCCUCUGGGUUAUAUUGGAUGAAUAAUUAUCCAACCAUGUGCUGGCAGGUGAUAUAAAGCCAUAUCAAGGGAGUUUUUUCAUAUAACAAUUUAUGAUCAAUAACAUCAAAGGUUGCACUGAAAUCUAACAAUACGGCUCCAACUAUCAUCUUAUGAUCCAUUUCUUUUAACCAAUCAUCCGUCAUCUGAGCCAGUGCAGUUGAGUCUUUAUAUGCAUGCUGAAAGUCCGUUGUUAGCUUGUUCUCUGAAAAAUAGCAUUGUAUUUUGUCAAACACAAUUCUCUUAAUCAGUUUACUAAGAACUGGCAGCAAACUGAUUGGGCGGCUGUUAGAGCCAGCAAAGGGUGCUUUACUAUUUUUAGGCAGUGAACUUACUUUAGCUUCCUUCCAUGCCUGUGGACACACACUCCUUUAGACUUGGUUAAAAUAUACAGUAUAUCAAAUAGGGGUGGCAAUACAGUCUGCUACCGUUCUCAAUAGUUUCCCAUCAAGGUUGUCUAUACCUGGUGGCUUAUCAUUGUUGAUGGGUAACACUAGUUUUUCCAUCUCUCUCACACUAACUUGACCAAAUUCAAAACAGCAAUCCGUCUCUUUCAUUAUUAGAUGUUUUAUACAAGAAUAUGAUGGUUCACUGUUCAGUGUUGUCAUUUCACAUCUGAGUUUUUCCACUUUACUAGUGAAAUAGUCAUUUAAAUUAUUUGCAAUAUAGAAAGGUUUGGUUAUAAAUUACCCAUCAACUUCAAUGAACGAUGGCUAUGAAUUGGGUUUUCUGACCAUGAUAUCAUUUAAGGUACUCCAAAGUCUUUUCCCAUUGUGUUUUAUGUCAUUUAUCUUGGUUUGGUACACAUUUUUUUCUAUUUUUAUUUUAUUUUAGUCACAACAUUUCUCAACUCACAGUAUGUCAACCAAUCAGCUGAGCAGCCUGACUUGUUUGCCAACUCUGCAUAAUUUUUUUAAACCAUAAAAUUGUUCAAUUCAUCAUCAAUCCAGGGGGGUCUAACAGUACCUCACAGUUAGUUUCUUAACAGGUGCAUGUUGUCAACAUUUGGCAUUAAUCAUUUUACAAAUACUUCCAGUGCUGCAUCUGGAUUCACGUCCUCAUACACAUCAGUCCAACAUAAAUGUUUUACAUCUUCAACAAAAGAGUCCUGAGAAAACAUUUUGUAGGAUUUUUUAAAUAAAUUACUUUAGGGACAACCUUUCCUUGUUAUUGCCACAAUGUUAUGGUCACUACAGCCAAUGGGAACUGAUAUUGCUUUGGUGCAAAGCUCUGCAGCAUUUGUGAAGAUAUGAUCAAUACAAGUGGAUGUCACAGAUCCAACACUAUUGGUAUGCAUUCUAGUUGGUUGAGUGAUAACCUGGGUCAUAUUACAGGCCUUAGUCACAGUUAGAAGCUUCCUCUUGAGAGGACAGCUUGUUCCUAACCAGUCAAUGCUCAGGUCAUCCAGAAAAUAAACCUCUCUGUUAACAUCACACACAUUAUGAAGCAUUGCACACAUAUUAUCAAAAUACUGACUGCUAGCACUUGGUGGCCUAUAGCGGCACCCCAAAAGAAGAGGCUUUAGAUGAUGCAGGUGACCUUGCAAUCACAACACUUCAACAACAUUUGACAUGAGAUCCUCUCUAAGCUUUACAGGAAUAUGGCUCUGAACAUAUACAGCAACACCUCCCCCAUAGGCAUUCCUGUCUUUUCUGUAGAUUUGAGGGCCUUGUAUUGCUACUGCUGUAACAUCAAAUUAUCUUAGUGAGUUUCAGAGAUGGCCAGUAUAUGAAUGUUAUUGGUUUCAUGAACCUUAUGUCUAAGGCUACAUAUAUUCAUAUGGGCUACCUUUCAUGUGUAGCUUAUCGUAGAUAGACAUAAUAUGGAGAAGAACAUAAAAGAAAAAUACAAACAUUGUUUGGCUAAUAGAGUCGGUCAAUCAGGCACUUGUGAGUGUCAGUUGGUGUUUGUGUUUGUGUGUGCUUGUGAUGUUGGGCUGAAGCUACUGACCCGAAAGCUUGGCUCUCUCACUCCUCCCAGGCUUUUGGGAGGGAGGGUAGACAAUGAGCUUGUCAUAGCGGAUGUAAGCAUGUCCCCACGCUCUUUGGCAGCUUUCAUAUGGAUUUUAGUAAUUGUGUGUAAACAUACAUUUCACUGGAGAUACAUCUAUUAAGCAAGUAAUGUGGGUUGUGUUCAUUAGGGCACACAAUGGAAAAAGGUUUUAAACACAACGGAAAAUGAAAAUUUCUGAUUGGACAAGUCCAGGUAGUAGUACCUCCCUGUUUCAGGCCCUUUUCUUCCGUUUUGUGCCUAAUGAACAUGACCCAGGUAAUGUUUGUUUUCUGAUGAUGGAUCAAGUGUCACACCCCUCCCAAUCCCUAGUGUACCUCGGUUACUGUAGCCCCCAGGACUUGGCCUGGGUCCUAAUUGGGUCCCAUACAGGGGCCUCUGCAGUCUUCACCCAGUGAACCACAGCUCCAUUUACAUACCUUAAUCCACCUAAUCUGGUGCUGAUCCCUUAAGGCAUUAAACUGGAAUUGUGUCACACCGACCCGGGUUCAGCGUUUUUGGGACAAGUUUAAACAGUCACUCUGUUUAAACACACACACACACACACAGGCAUGGACAGACGCACACAGGCACAUGCACACACACACACAAACACACACACACACACACUCCCUUUCAUCUGCUGAAGAAUGUGGUGCGUUUUUUCCAUUUUAUAUAGUCCCCCCCUUUCUUUCUUUCUUUCUUUCUUUCUUUCUUUCUUUCUUUCUUUCUUUCUUUCUUUCUUUCUUUCUUUCUUUCUUUCUUUCUUUCUUUCUUUCUUUCUUUCUUUCUUUCUUUCUUUCUUUCUUUCUUUCUUUCUUUCUUUCUUUCUUUCUUUCUUUCUUUCUUUCUUUCUUUCUCUCUCUGUCUCUCUCUUUCUCUGUGUGUCUCUAUCUCUCUCUCUCUCUCUCUCUCUCUCUCUCUCUCUCUCACUUCUUCACUUCUUCACUUAGGGGCAGAUAUCUCCUGUGAUAAUCUCAUUCCCUUAUUGACAUACGCCCCACAGAGACCAGGCGGUGUGCUGCUUCCUGCUCUCCUCUUCUCAUCUCCUCCCUCAAAAGCUAUUUCCUCCCCUGCUUCCUUCCUCCCUCCCGCCUUCCAGCUGUUUCAGACUCGGCCAUACACACACACACACAUUUACAUUUACAUCAUUUAGCAGACGCUCUUAUCCAGAGCGACUUACACCCACACACAUACAUACACACUGACACUGUCAUGUAUGGCUUUGUUAGAAAAGAGAAUGUGGGCUGAUUUGAAUAGAGUAGUUAGUGGGAGACAUUGGGUGGCAUGUGGCAAGUCGACAGCUGGUGAGGAAUGACCUAAAUUGCCUCAAUGAAUAUCAAAUGGAUUUGAGUAAUUGUGUGUAAAAAUACAUGUCACUGGAGAUGAAACAUUUUAAAAAUGCAACGGAAAAACAAACAUUUAAGGUUCUGAUUGGAACAGUCCAGGUAGUAGUACCUCCCUGUUUCAGUCCAUUUUCUGUACCUCUGUUACUGUAGCCCCCAAGACUUGGCCUGGGCCCUAACUGGGCCCCAUACAGGGGUCUCUGCAGUCUUAACCCAGUGAACCACAGCCCCAUUUAAAUACCUUAAUUCACCUAAUCUGGUGCUGAUCCCUUAAAGCAGUUGUUCCCAAACUGUGGGGCAGGCAGGGAGGGGCUCAGUCCGGCUUUCAAUUUACUCUUGAAAGUUGUAAUAGUAGAAUGCACAAGGUGCAAUUUUGAAAUUGGGUAGUGCAUCAUCAGUUUUCCUCUUGUCAUGUCAGUCAUUGCAUACCUUAGAGAGCUAUUUAUAACUUGUCAGAAAUGUCCAGAUCAGCCCAUGUCAGCUAGUUUUUUUUGCCCAUAGAUUUUGUUGUAAUGUUUGAUACACAUUAGACAUGGCAAAAUGUAUAUAAUUGCAAGAAAAUUAGCUUUAAAACUGCAUAGAAAUAGAUGUUCCCCAAUGCCUGAGUGAAAAGGUUUGGGAACCCCUGCCUUAAGGCAUUCAACUGGAAUUGUGUCACACCGACCCGGGUUCAGCGUUUUUGGGACAAGUUUAACCCUUUACACUCGUACGCGUAUACCGGUUGAAAAUGGCCGAUUUGGGCACUAAUAAGCUCCUAAAUUGGAACGCAGUGGCUGUACAGUAACAUGCUAUACAUAACGUCAGAGCUCAGGCUCUGUGCUUCACAGCCGUUCUGAACUUGAGCACCGCAUGAAGAUGCCCCCAUCCCUCCCGGUAAUUGUACAACUUUUGCAAAUGUUUUGUUGUCUGAGUGAGGGAAAUGCUGUAAAUUAGGAGGACUUGAUGUAUUUUGAAAUAUGAGACGUUGAGGAUUAUAAUAAAUACCGCUUUGAUGUCGUACAAACAAGCCAAACACCCAUGAGUCCAAAUGUGCAGUUCACGUUUUUCAAAUCAUAAAACUCAUGUCAUAUACAGUGUCAAUGUUUAUGAUCACUAUGUUUGAUGUACAGUUACAAGAUGACAUGGAGUCAUACCCUGGGUUGUUCUGAACAGAAUGAGCUUAUGUUUGUUUGUUGUGAAGACAAUUAUCAGUUUCUCUGAAUUGCCUUGUGAAAGCCUAACACUGUAAGAUCGUAUUUUAUAACUUAGCUGGUCUUGUUGGCAAAAGAACAAGCUUUGAAGUCAUGCCCACCUGACCCAGAUUGUGAUUUAUAAUGGACUGUUUUUGGAUUGUGUAAAGAACAACAGUAACUGUGUGAUGGUGGGGACGCAGGGUUGUGUUCCAAAUAAAACAACUACAAGUGUGUUUGCUCUAGUACCUCAACGGCACAGCUAGGAGAGCUAAAGAAAAGUUCCUUAUAGUUGAAGACUCUUCUUUGAGUCAUAAAAGUGCAUUGAAAUUACUUAGGAACUGUGCAUACUUUGGAGAGGUGUGUGGCCACUUGGAGACACCAGUUAGUCCUCUCACUCAAACCCUUGUCAUUUUGUUGUCUUAUGUUGCACCUACCCCACAUUUUCCAGGAAUAGUCUUAUCAUGUUACUACUGAAUGUAUUUUCAGAUUUUGUUAUAAACAAAUGUGGCGAAAAGUACAGUCAAUGUAAAAUGCACAUAAAAUCAACAGUGUAAUGUUUGGACUAAUAAUUUCCCCAAUUAUCUCAUAACUGUUCCCAUCUCAAUUGCUACCAUGGUUAUGCAUUUCAUAUUUCUUCUGUAAGAAACAUUUCAAUUGAACCCUAUCCAUAGAGGCCAAUUCCAACACGUGUAAAAGGUUAAACAGUCACUCAGCGUCAGCCCCACACACACACACACACACACACACACACACACACGGACAGACACACAGAGGCACGCACGCACACACACAGCUCCCUUUCAUCUGCUGAAGAAUGUGGUGCGUUUUUCCCUCUUAACUCUAAUGACUUUAUUUCAAAUGGCACCCUAUUACCUAUAUAGUGCCCUACCUUUGACAAAGGCCCAUAGGGCUCUGGUCAAAAGUAAUGCACUAGGUAGGGAAUAGUGUGUAAUUUGGGACUCUACUUAUGUUAACCUGGUAAGGAUCAGGAUCAAACUGUUGACCUGCUUUGAGAGGCAUGUUGGGCAAUACGCUGUAGUAGCUCACAGUAGUAGUGAAAGAAAGAAAGGCAGUCUUAUGAGUCUUAGCUGUAGAGCUCCUGAUCAAAUUCCACUUACUGUAUACAGACCUGCCUGCCAGUUUCUAUAUAACUCACCCACCCCACAGAAGCCUGGGCUAAGAUCCCAUUCCCAUGGCCUUAAAGUAAAAGAGCAAACUAUAUAGUCAGACAUACACAGACCUGGGAUCAAAUACUAUUCUAAAUCAUUUCAAAUCCUUUAGCUGGGCUUGAUUGAGCUUGCCUGGUGCAAUGCAACCAGUAGGAUAGUAGAAAAAAUGCAGACCACACCCAUCUGGCAGUCCAGGCAGUCUAAAGCAAACGCUCAAAGUAUAUGAACGAUUUCAAGUAGUAUUUGAAUACAAUUCAGGAUUUGUCCUCUAAUUGCUGUUCCCUUGCUAUACAGUGCGUUCGGAAAAUAUUCAGACCCCUUGACUUUUUCCACAUUUUGUUACGUUACAGCCUUAUUCUAAAAUGGAUUAAAUCUGUUUUUUUUUCUCGCAAAUCUACACACACUACCCCAUAAUGACAAAGCAAAAACCGUUUUUUAUGAAUUUGUGCUAAUUUAUAAAAAUAAAAAACAGAAAUAUAACAUUUACGUAAGUAUUCAGACACUAUACUCAGUACUUUGUUGAAGCACCUUUGGCAGCGAUUACAGUCUUCUUGGGUAUGACGCUACAAGCUUGGCACACCUGUAUUUGGGGAGUUUCUCACAUUCUUCUCUGCAGAUCCUCUCAAGCUCUGUCAGGUUGGAUGGGGAGCGUCGCUGCACAGCUAUUUUCAGGUCUCUCCAGAGAUGUUCGAUCGGGUUCAAGUCCGGGCUCUGGCUGGGCCACUCAAGGACAUUCAGAGACUUGUCCUGAAGCCACUCCUGCAUUGUCUUGACUGUGUGCAUAGGGUGGUUGUCCUGUUGGAAGGUGAACCUUCACCCCAGUCUGAGGUCCUGAGCGCUCUAGAGCAGGUUUUCAUCAAGGAUCUCUCUGUACUUUGCUCUGUUAAUCUUUCCCUCGAUCCUGACUAGACACCCAUUCCCUGCCACUGAAAAACAUCCCCACAGCAUGAUGCUGCCACCACCAUGCUUCACCGUAGGGAUGGUGCCAGGUUUCCUCCAGACGUGACGCUUGGCAUUCAGGCCAAAGAGUUCAAUCUUGGUUUCAUCAGACCAGAGAAUCUUGUUUCUCAUGGUCUUAGAGUCAUUUAGGUGCCUUUUGGCAAACUCAGAGCGGGCUGUCAUGUGCCUUUUACUGAGGAGUGGCUUCCUUUUGGCCACUCUACCAUAAAGGCCUGAUUGGUGGAGUGCUGCAGAGAUGGUUGUCCUUCUGGAACGUUCUCCCAUCUCCACAGAGUAACUCUGUAGCUCUGUCAGAGUGACCAUCGGGUUCUUGGUCACCUCCCUGACCAAGGCCUUUCUCCCCCGAUUGCCAGGCGGCCAGCUCUAGGAAGAGUCGUGGAGGUUCCAAACUUCUUCCAUUUAAGAAUGAUGGAGGCCACUGUAUUUUUGGGGACCUUCAAUGCUGCAGAAAUGUUUGGGUACUCUUCCCAAUAUCUGUGCCUCGACACAAUCCUGUCUCAGAUCUCUACGGACAAUUCCUUCGACCUCAUGGCUUGGUUUUUGCUUUGACAUGCACUGUCAACUGUGGGACCUUAUAUAGACAGGUGUGUACCUUUCCAAAUCAUGUCCAAUCAAUUGAAAUUACCACAGGUGGACUCCAGUCAAGUUGUAGAAACAUCUCAAGGAUGAUAAAUGGAAACAGGAUGCACCUGAGCUCAGUUUCGAGUCUCAUAGCAAAGGGUCUCAAUACUUAUGUAAAUAAGGUAUUUCAGUUUUUUAUUUUUAAUACAUUUGCUAAAAUUUCUAAAAACCUGUUUUCACUUUGUCAUUAUGGGGUAUUGUGUGUAGAUUGAUGAGGGAAAAAAAUUAUGUAAUCCAUUUUAGAAUAAUGCUGUAAAGUCAUGGGGUCUGAAUAGCAUUUCAGACUGAAGACAAGUAUGCUAAUGCCUUUGAAAUUCAAAUUAGAAAAAUGCUUCAUUGGCAUGAAACAAAUUUGGAUUAUUAUCUCCUGAGACUAGUUUAAAUGGAAAUCAAUUUGAGCAUUAAAAUAAUGGCUCACACUCACACUCUCUCUCUCUCUCUCUCUCUCUCUCUCUCUCUCUCUCUGUCUCUCUCUCUCUCUCUCUCUCUCUCUCUCUCUCUCUCUCUCUUUCCCUCUCUCCCUAUUACAGAGAUUGAGGAUAUGUCCCCCAGUCAGUCCCGGGUCUUCACAGCAGACACCAUGCAGCGUGUGUCCUGUCGGGCCCCGCAUGGAAAGCCCCUGCCUGAGGUGUGGUGGGAGCGGGAAGGGGUGCGUGUCCCCACGGAGGGCCGGGUGUACCAGGAGGGCAGUGAGCUGGUUUUCAGCCCCACCGAGCAGGGCGACUCAGGCUCCUACACCUGCGUGGCCCAAAACAAGGCAGGCCGCAAGACCCAGGAGCUGACCUUCACAGUGGCCAGUGAGUCAGGCCACCGUCUUCUGACCUAUUACAUCAUGGCUAGGGCAGGAGUGUGUCCUGACCAUGCAAAACUCUGGUCCCUAUUAUAGGGUUGUACUUUAGUCAUGACUGGUCCAUUCUGUUCCAAAGCAAGGGGUCAAUUUGGGAUUCAGCAUGAUUGACACUGGCUUCUACUACACUAAUCAUUCUUAAUUUGUGUAUGUGAUUCAGCUGCCCCAGUGUGGGUAACCAAGCCCCAGGACAGCUACCUGGAGGAGGGACGACCAGGCUACCUCCACUGCCACGCUCAGGCUACCCCUGAGCCUGAGGUCACCUGGCUCCGAAACAACAUUAUGGUCAUGCCUGAGGUCAGUAUCGCUCUGUCUCUCUCUCUCUUUCUCUUUCUAUCACACACAGAUGCAGGCGUGCACACACACACACACAUACAAACACUGUAUCUAGGCCAUUCCUCUCCAUUCUCUUACCCUUCUCCCUCUCUUCUCUAUCAGGACUCACGCUUUACCGUGUUCCCCAACGGUACUCUGCGCAUCAAUAAUGUGGAGGUGUAUGAUGGUCAGAUGUAUGCCUGUGAGAGCAGGACAGAGGGAGGCAGGCUGUCUGGACACGCCAGAGUCUAUGUACUGGGUGAGCUGAAACUACAUGGUGUGUGUGUGAGUGUGUGUGUGUGUGUGUGUGUGUGUGUGUGUGUGUGCGUACGCGUGCGCACGCGUGCGCAUGGGAGACAGCGUGUGUGUGAUGUGAUCAGCCAGUUUAAGUUUAACCUUAGAUUUCCCUCUGGUGCUGCAGUUCUAGAGUUGUUAACAUGGAUUAUCUAAUUCCUGACUUGCUUUGUCUACCUUGUCUUUGUUUUGGUGAUGUAAGAUCCUGAUACCCUUGUGAUUCUUAAUUCAGCCAUGUGAAUGUUUGUGCUUGCAUCUGCAUGUUCUUAAACGUGUCUGAACAUGCUGUAAAUAGCUUUGUAUAGUGUACCAUGGGGUGACCAGGCUACUCUCUCUUAGCUGUGUGUGUAAUGGUGUGUUUGACCUUUGACCUGUGUUCCAGAGAAACUGAAGUUCACCCCUACGCCCCAGCCGACCCAGUGCCUGGAACUGGACAAGGAGGUCAACAUCCAGUGCUCUGCCACAGGCAGAGAGACCCCCACCAUCAAAUGGACCAAAGCAGGUGAGUGCAGGGUGGUCCUACUCAGUGCUAGAGCACAAUAUCCUAGAUGCCAUUUCCUGCCAUUGUGCCCUUGAGCAAGGCACUUAACCCUUAAACUGCUCCAGGGGCGCAGCACUGAGACUGGCCCCGUGUUCCAACCUCUCUGUGGGUGUGUAUAGGUGUGUUUAGAGGGGUUGGGAUAAAGCCAUUGUCACAGGUCACAGAAAUAAAAAAGACAAGUCUCUGUCCUGUGACAAUAGACAAUAAAAUCUUCUUAUAACAUCAGGUUAUGGAUUAUGUUAGAAAACAUAAUCAUUACAGAAGGAAUGCAUUGUAGAUAGAAUCUGAUGAAUGAAAUGUGAAGACAAGAUUACAUAUGAUAAUUUCCCCUCAUUUGCAAUUGCCUAUGUUAGAGGAGAUUACUUCAUCCAUUUAAGGUUGGGCAAUGUCAAACUUUGUCCUAUUGUGAUUAUGUACCCAUAAAACAUUGUGAUAUACGUACGAUGCUAUCGCCCCUAUUGGUUAUAGGCCUACAUUAUGGGCUGCAUAGAAGCAGUCUACCGUCUUUAGAACCUGAUAAUAAUUGCUUUAUUUGCCUCAUAAAAUAAUAGAAAAAUAAAUCAUAUUGUUUGUUCUAUCUCUCGUAAAGCUGUGAUUGAGAAUAGCCUAUGCCAAGGCUUAGGCUAUAGACAUUCAUUCGUGUUAUUGUUGAAAGCCACAACAACUUCAUAGGCUAGAAUAUUUGGGAAAUAAGAUACUGCCCUACAAAGGCAAAACGGAGUAACUACGAAUUUGGUCAAAAAUCUUUGAUCUGUUGGAAUGGCCAGGUAUAUUAUCUGAUGAAUGUGGUAUUUAGUUUCCUGACACAAGAACAAGCCAGUUGAUCAGAAUAUAUCAUGGAGUAUCAGAAAUUGCUGUCUGUCUAGACAGAAAAAUACUUUGAAAGUCAGAUUUUGCAGUAAAACACGUUAUGUAAUUUGACUUUAACUUGUAUGAUAGGCCUAGAAGAAGCAUAGGUUAUAGGCCAUUUGGUUUUCUACCUGUCAUGUGAGGAUUUUCCCUCUCUCUCAUUAGUAGUCAUCUAGCUACCUUUUUAGGCUUUCAAAUCACUUUUUGAGAUGGAACUCCGUUACAUUCAUUGUUUGAUUGGGAUGCGUAAAACGAUGAAGCGUAGCCUUCAGUCAUAUUCAUAGCCUAUCGAAUGGAGAGAGAAAGGAAUAUUGGCUAUGUUUUUUAAAACAGAUAGACAGAAGUGAAGGAGUGUCGAUUAUUUAAAAAAUAUAUACGUUUAUGCUAUAGCCUAAUGCCCAUGAAUCCGACAGAGAGAGAGAAAUAAUAUUUUAUGACUGGACAUUUUUGCGCUGCUUUGGUGGAAUUCUCCGCUCUGUCUGGCCUACAUUACCCUCUGGCGUUCUGUAGGCUAUGUAACAUAUCUAUUGAAAUAGGCUAUAGCAAAUAGGAAUAGGGAAAUUUGUUGGAAUGUCACUUGUGUACUGCCUUGCUGUACGCUGCGAGUCUCCGUAUUUUACUGUGCAGCUCCAGUAUAGUUCAAAUAGGCUAAACCAUCGUCUUUCACAUCAAUUAGUCGUCACCAUCGACGAUGGCUGUCAAUCAUUGUCGAUAGACGAUGCUAUCGUAAUAUCGCCCAACCCCUACAUCCAUUACACUCAUAACCUUUUCACACUACUGAGCCGAGCUGUACUGCGCUGGCCUGGUUACACAUCCACCACAGUUGCACUGGAAAGGACCAUGUGAAAGGAACAUAUCCGAGCCAGCCAAGUACAGUUUGGGACAGCACCAUAGUGGGAAAAGGGUAUCACAGUACUGUAGUUUCUCAGCCCCCCGUUGAGCUCCUCUCUGACACUGUCGCCCCGUACAGACGGUGGAGAGCUGCUUCCUCAUGUAGAGAUAAGGAAUAGCCAGCUCCACUUCACCAAAGUGACGCGCAGCGACGCAGGAAACUACACCUGUAUCGCCUCCAACAGCCUACAGGGGGAGAUCAGAGCCAUGGUCAGCCUCACUGUGGCAGGUAGGUGUGUGUGUGUGUGGGGUUUUUUGUGCGUGUGUGUACUUUUGUGUGUGUGCGUUUGAGUAUGUGUGCAUUUGAGUGUGUGUGUGUUUGAUGAACUGUAGUUCACUUUGUAUUUUCAUUUGCAAAAGCAAAAGAAACUGUGCACAGAAGUGUGUCUAGAGGAGAUCCAGGUGCUGGUUUUGGCUGGAGCAACUAGUUGAUGACUGACCUUGGCUUCAAUCAAUUUUAUUUAUUUAUAAAAGUCAUGCACCUUGCAAUGAAAAAUGUAAAAAGUCACGGACAUUCGUCUACUGGUGUGCGUUUUUUUACACUAGUUUUAGGUUUGUAUAAUCGUUACCGUCCUAAUCAUAAUGGCAAUCCUUUGAGAGUACUGUUUGUUUCUUGUCUUAGUUGAUGCACUGUUUAUAAUCAGCUUUCCAAUGACCAAUUAUCCAUGUGGUUGUGUAGUCUAUUUCAUUAAUUCAUGCAUUAGAAGGCCAUCUGGCUGCCAUGUAAUGAACUCCAUUAGGUGUUGAAGACACUUGUGGUUGACACAAAGAAAGCCCACCACAAUGUAGAGCUAGCUGUAUGAUAUGGACAAAAAUCCAUGUUGCGAUAAAUUGCCUGAAUUGAUGCGAUAAUGAUAAAUAGAACGAUAAGUUUAUAACAUUAAUGUGCACCACAGUUUUCUUUGAAAUUAUCCUUUAAACAACUACUACUACCAAUUUGAUGGUUGUAGACAUCAACUGUCCCAUUAAUAAUCACCCAUAUUAGCAAAAGUAUUUCAUUUUCUAACUUAACAUUUCUCUAGAAUAGGCUACUUAUCGUAAUGAACAAUAUCAGCAAAAUGACUGUGAUAAGUGAUCGGUAUGGUCGGUGUCGAUCAUUUUCGGUUUAUCGUCCCAGCUCUACCACAAUGUCACCACAGUGAAUCUGUAGGAAAUCAGUUUCCUGAACUAUGUUUGGCGAUGGAGUGUGGUAUAUUAACUGUGGUGUGUGUGUGUAGUGUAUAUCCGCUUUAAGCUGGAGCCAGAGUACACCACAGUCUACCAGGGCCACACAGCCGUCCUACACUGCCAGGCCACAGCAGACCCUGAGCCACACAUCCAGUGGAUGGUCAAGGAUAAGGUGCUGGACACCAGCAGGAGAAGGUAAGGCUUUACACACAGAGACAAUAAUAACACACACACAACAACGUUGUCUUUGUUAGUGGUGCUGGGAAUAAAAAAGCACUGGAUUGUAUUGACACCAGUUGUUACAUAACGUAUCUUUGUGUAUGUUUUGGAAAAUCAAUAAAAAAGUGUAAUGGAAAAAAAUUAGAUAGUCUUUAACUUGAAACAUCAACAAAUAAAGAUGCAGAGCUGAAAAUCAAAUCAAAUCAAAUUGUAUUUGCCACAUGCGCCGAAUACAACAGGUGUAGACCUUACAGUGAAAUGCUUACUUACAAGCCCUUAACCAACAAUGCAGUUUUAAGAAAAAAAAGUGUAACAGUAGGGAGGCUAUAUACACGGGGUACCGGUACAGAGUCAAUGUGCGGGGGCACCGGUUAGUCGAGGUAAUUGAGGUAAUAUGUACAUGUGGGUAGAGUUAAAGUGACUAUGCAUAGAUAAUAAACAGAGUAGCAGCAGCGUAAAAGAGGGGGUGGGGUGGGGUGGGGGGGGGGGACAAUGCAAAUAGUCCGGGUAGCCAUGAUUAGCUGUUCAGAAGUCUUAUGGCUUGGGGGUAGAAGUUGUUAAGAAGCCUUUUGGUCCGCUUUCCAUGCAGUAGCAGAGAGAACAGUCUAUGACUAGGGUGGCUGGAGUGUUUUACCAUUUUUAGGGCCUUCCUCUGACACCGCCUGGUAUAGAGGUCCUGGAUGGCAGGAAGCUUGGUCGAGCAGUUGCCAUACCAGGCGGUGAUGCAACCAGUCAGGAUGCGCUCAAUGAUGCAGCUGUAUAACUUUUUAAGGAUCUGAGGACCCAUGCCAAAUCUUUUCAGUCUCCUGAGGGGGAAUAGGCUUUGUCGUGCCCUCUGUUCACGACUGUCUUGGUGUGUUUGGACCAUGAUAGUUUGUUGGGGAUGUGGACACCAAGGAACUUGAAGCUCUAAACCUGUUCCACUACAGCCCCGUCGAUGAGAAUGGGGGCGUGCUCAGUCCACAAUCAUCUCCUUUGUCUUGAUCACGUUGAGGGAGAGGUUGUUAUCCUGGCACCACACGGCCAGGUCUCUGACCUCCUCCCUAUAUGCUGUCUCAUUGUUGUUGGUGAUCAGGCCUACCACUGUUGUGUCGUCAGCAAACUUAAUGAUGGUGUUUGAGUCGUGCCUGGCCAUGCAGUCAUGGGUGAACAGGAGGGGACUGAGCACGCACCCCUGAGGGGCCCCCGUGUUGAGGAUCAGCGUGGCAGAUGUGUUGUUACCUAUCCUUACCACCUGGGGGCAGCCCACCAGGAAGUCCAGGAUCCAGUUGCAGAUGGAUGUGUUUAGUCCCAGGGUCCUUAGCUUAGUGAUGAGCUUUGAUGGCACUAUGGUGUUGAACGCUGAGCUGUAGUCAAUGAAUAGCAUUCUCACGUAGGUGUUCCUCUUGUCCAGGUGGGAAAGGGCAGUGUGGAGUGCAAUAGAGAUUGCAUAAUCUGUGGAUCUGUUGGGGCAGUAUGCAAAUUUGAGUGGGUCUAGGGUUUCUGGGAUAAUGGUGUUGAUGUGAGCCAUGACCAGCCUUUCAAAGCACUUCAUGGCUACAGGGCCAGACUGAUUACAUCCUGGUAAUCCGUCUGGCCCUGCGGCAUUGUGAAUUUUGACCUGCUUAAAAGUCUUACUCACAUUGGCUACGGAGAGCGUGAUCACAUAGUCAUCCGGAACAGCUGAUGCUCUCAUGCAUGCUUCAGUGUUGCUUGCCUCAAAGCGAGCAUAGAAGUGAUUUAGCUCGUCUGGUAGGCUCGUGUCACUGGGCAGCUUGCGGCUGUGCUUUCCUUUGUAGUCUGUAAUAGUUUGCAAGCCCUGCCACAAUGUGAAAUGAUAGACAGUGCACACAGAGGCGACUCUUGGAUACUAUUUACAGUACAGACAGUCUGCAGGGUGUCAUGUAAAAAUCUUCCCAGUGUGAAAUAGUUCCCAAUUGUUCUGAUUGUGUUUUGAUUGUGACGUCAUGCUGUAAAAUUUCUCCCAGCGUGAAAAUGUACCCAGUUCAAUAAUUGCACGUGGAUCUCUUUAUGUGGAUGGCUGAGCUUGUGCAGUUGUGUCUCUCACACCCUCCCUUGACCUCAAAAAACUGUUCUGUGGGCACGCGCAUUUGCUUCACAGACCUGCCAAUCAAUGGUGGCCAGGAGUAUUGACACUGACCAAUCAGAAGCUUGUUGAGGCAUGUUGAGGUCAGCAAAUAAACACCCGGACUCACGCUGGGAAGAUUUUUACAUGACACAGGGAACUGGACAAUCAUUUUCCAUGAUAGCUUUCAGGAAUCAAUCAGUAACAGACAUUGAAGGAGUCACUUGAUGUCAAAUAAAUAAUCAAAUCAAAUUGUAUUAGUCACAUGCUUCAUAAACAACAGGUGUAGACUAACAGUGAAAUGCUUACUUACGGGUCUUUUUCUAACAAUGCAGAGUUACAGAUAAAACUAUAAAUAAAUACACAGUGAAUAAUGAAUAACAAUAACAAGUAAAAAAUAACAUGGCUAUAUACAGGGAGUACCAGUACCGAGUCAAUGUGCAGGGGUACGAGGUAAUUGAGGUAGCUAUGUACAUAUAGGUAGGGGUAAAGUGACUAGGCAGGAUAGAUAAUAGACAGUAGUAGCAGCGUAUGUGAUGAGUGUGAAAGUGUGUGUGAAUGUGUGUGUGGCGUCAGUAUGCACAUGUUAUGUGUGUGUGGGCGUAUGUGGUGUGUGUGUGUGUGUGUUGGGGUGUGUGUGUGUGUGUUGGGGUGUCAGUGUAAGUACAGUUGAAGUCGGAAGUUUACAUACACCUUAGCCAAAUACAUUUAAACUCAGUUUUUCACAAUUCCUGACAUUUAAUCCUAGUAAAAAUUCCAUGUCUUAAGUCAGUUAGGAUCACCACUUUAUUUUAAGAAUGUGAAAUGUCAUAAUAAUAGUAGAAAGAAUGAUUUAUUUCAGCUUUUAUUUAUUUCAUCACAUUCCCAGUGGGUCAGAAGUUUACAUACAAUCAAUUAGUAUUAGGUAGCAUUGCCUUUAAAUUGUUUAACUUGGGUCAAACGUGUCGGUAGCCUUCCACAAGCUUCCCACAAUAAGUUGGGUGAAUUUUGGCCCAUUCCUUCUGACAGAGCUGGUGUAACUGAGUCAGGUUUGUAGGCCUCCUUGCUCGCACACGCUUUUUCAGUUCUGCCCACAAAUUUUCUAUAGGGUUGAGGUCAGGACUUUGUGAUGGCCACUCCAAUAUCUUGACUUUAUUGUCCUUAAGCCAUUUUGCCACAACUUUGGAAGUAUGCUUGGGGUCAUUUGUCCAUUUGGAAGACCCAUUUGCGACCAAGCUUUUAACUUCCUGACUGAUGUCUUGAGAUGUUGCUUCAAUAUAUCCACAUCAUUUUCCUUCCUCAUGAUGCCAUCUAUUUUGUGAAGUGCACCAGUCCCUCCUGCAGCAAAGCAUCCCCACAGCAUGAUGCCAAACAGUCAUUAUGGCCAAACAGUUCAUUAUGGCCAAACAGUUCUAUUUUUGUUUCAUCAGACCAGAGGACAUUUCUCUAAAAAGUACGAUCUUUGUCCCCAUGUGCAGUUGCAAACCGUAGUCUGGCUUUUUUAUGGCGGUUUUGGAGCAGUGGCUUCUUCCUUGCUGAGCGGCCUUUCAGGUUAUGUCGAUAUAGGACUUGUUUUACUGUGGAUAUAGAUACUUUUGUACCUGUUUCCUCCAGCAUCUUCACAAGGUCCUUUGCUGUUGUUCUGGAAUUGAUUUUCACUUUUCGCACCAAGGUACGUUCAUCUCUAGGAGACAGAACGCGUCUCCUUCCUGAGCGGUAUGACGGCUGCGUGGUCCCAUGGUGUUUAUACUUGCGUACUAUUGUUUGUACAGAUGAACGUGGUACCUUCAGGCGUUUUGAAAUUGCUCCCAAGGAUGAACCAGACUUGUGGAGGUCUACAAUUUUUGUUCUGAGGUCUUGGCUGAUAUCUUUUGACUUUCCCAUGAUGUCAAGCAAAGAGCAAAGUGGAAUUUUCCAAUCUGUUUAAAGGCACAGUCAACUUAGUGUAUGUAAACUUCUGAUCCACUGGAAUUGUGAUACAGUGAAUUAUAAGUGAAAUAAUCUGUCUGUAAGCAAUAGUUGGAAAAAUUACUUGUGUCAUGCACAAAGUAGCUGUCCUAACCGACUUGCCAAAACUAUAGUUUGUUAACAAGAAAUUUGUGGAGUGGUUGAAAAACGAGUUUUAAUGACUCCAACCUAAGUGUAUGUAAACUUCUGACUUCAACUGUAUGUGUCAGUGUGUGGGUAGAGUCCAGUGUGUGUGUGCAUAGAGUCAGUGGAAGAGAGUUAAUGCAAAAAAGGGUAAAUGCAGGUAGUCCGGGUAGCCAUUUGAUUAGCUAUUUAAUAGUCUUGUUUAGCAGUCUUAUGGCUUGGGGGUAGAAGCUGUUCAGGGUCCUAUUGGUUCAAGACUUGGUGCACUGCUACCGCUUGCCGUGCGGUAGCAGAGAGAAUAGUCUAUGGCUCGGGUGGCUGGGGUUUUAAAAAAAAAUUGGGAUUUCAUCUGACACUGCUUGGUAUCAGAGUAUGUGAGCGGAGUUGAGCGGUCGGAAAUCCCGUUCACCGCUCCGGCGCUCCACGUCAUUUCCAACCGCUCCACUAAAAAACGCUCCUCACUCACAGAAAAAAAAACUGCCGAUCCAAAUUCGCUCCAUUCAUUAAAAUCACAAUUUAACCAACACCCAUGUAUUUUUGUGACUACCUGGACCUACCAUUUGGGUUUGAACUAUUGAAACCAAACCAUAUGAUUAGAAUGAAAAGUAGAUUAAUAAACAACUGUGAUGAGUCCUGAGGAUACGAAGAGGCAGGACACAGACGCAGGAAUCAACAAUGUAAAGGUUUCCUUAACACUGAGCAAGAGAACAACAAAGAGCGAGUACACAAACAAUCACACACAACACAACACUGAACAGUCCAGGGCUAUAUAGGGGUGGUGAUGAGAUGAUGAGGUGCAGGUGCGCUGGAGGUGAUUAGGGUGCGUUGGGUUUCCAUUCCGGUGUUGCCGAGGUGGUGCGCUCAGACCGGUGGCUCAGUAGACCGGCGAAUCAGAGCGCAGGGGGGGAGCUACGGGAGGAGACGUGACAACAACAUGAAAAGGUGACUGUAAGAAGCGCUCAUCAUUUCAAAUAGGCUACAUGUAGUAUUAAACAGCAUAUAAACACUCUGAAUAGGUCAGGAGCCAGACAAGAAGUAACGGAAAUUAAUUAUUUAGGCUAUAUUAUUUCAAGGCUAUAGCCUACAAAUAAAUAAAUUGUAAAGCAUUUGCGAGUGCGACACACUAGGAUGGACAUUAAGUGCUCAGCAUUUAAACAACAUGUAAUUGAAUCAUUAUAGUCUAUACAUUGCGCAUAUAGGCUGUGACUUAGAAAUAAAUACAAAUUAAACAAAAAAAUGCCUUAUUAGGCUCAGUGCCUUUUGAAUUCAUUUUAAAAAACAUGAAUUUGGCCAGAGUCUGUAGCUUCAGGCUCAUGCGAUGGUGCAUGGAGAGCAGGCCAGCAGCGGAGAAUACCCUCUCCGUGCUUGCAGAGCGACUGAACACCCUUCGGGCCACUCUUGCAAGGCUGGGCAGGGAUGCAGAGUUGUUUUAGUUUUGUUCUAUAGGUAGCCCUAAAGGUUUUUAGGCAAAAUAACCUUAUCAAAACGGAAAGCUCCUUGAAAGAGGUAAUAUUUCUGGCCUAUUGGGCCAAAAUCAAUGAUAGCCUAUUGUAUAGAUAAUAGAACGAAAAUGAUUUUCUGUUUAUAAGUACUUUGCUACAAUGACACACUUACUUAGCUACCCACCUCAUUACUUUCUGUUAGCAUGUGCACAUAGUAAGUACACCAUCAUGCUUUCAGGAUACGUGUCUUUUCAGAUUCCACAAUGAUUCUUUACCACACUCCCUCUCUUGCUCUUGGUCCCCCUUAUCUUCAUAAGUCAUCUUGAUUUUGCACCUGUGUGUUUUAUCAGUUUCUCUAUAAAAAAUAUUUAGCAAACUCCAUGACAGUAGCUAAAGCAAGGGGCUAUAGCAGCACAAAAGUAGACUACCAAUGCAUGCUGGGCCGGGCAUGCCCUGAGCUCAUGAAGUGAGAACUACUUGGAGCGCUACUGGAGCGGGCGAGAAGGCCGAUGCUCCAGCCUUUGGGAAACUCGCACUACGCUCCAGUCAAAUUGGGCACGCUCCACUCCAGCUCCGCUCCGCUCACAUACUCUGCUUGGUAUAGAGGUCCUGGAUGGCAGGGAGCUCGGCCCCAGGGAUGUACUGGGCCGUACUCACCAACCUCUGUAGGGCUUUGCUGUCGGGUGCCUUGCAGUUGCCAUACCAAGCGGUGAUGCACCCAGUUAAGAUGCUCUCAAUGCUGCAGCUGUAUAAUGCUUUGGGGAUCUGAUAGCCCAUGCCAAAUCUUUUCAGCCUCCUGAGGGGGAAGAGGUGAUGCCGUGCCCUCUUCACAACUGUGUGGGUGUGUGUGGACCAUGUCAAUUCCAUAGUGAUGUGGACACUGAGGAACUUGAAGCUCUCGACCUGCUCCACUACAGCCACAUUGACGUGGAAGGGGGCGAGCUCGCCCCUCCAUUUCCUGUAGUCCACGAUCAGCUCCUUUGUCUUGCUGAUGUUAAGGGAGUUUCCAGGUAUCUGACCUCCUCCCUAAACUCGUAGAAAAAAAGAUGCUAUCUAGAACGAAAAAGGGUUAUUUGGCUGUCCCCAUGGGAGAACCCUUUGAAGAACCCCUUUUAGUUUCAGAUAGAACCAUGUUGCUUCCAGGUAGAACCAUUUUGGGUUCUACAUGGAACCCAAAAUAGUUUUACCUGGAACGGAAAAGGGUUAUCCUAUGGGGACAGCCACAGAAAACUUUCUAAGAGUGUUUAGGCUGCCUCAUUGUCGUCGGUGAUCAGUCCUACCACCGUUGCCAGCAAACUUGAUGAUGGUGUUGGAGUCAUGUGCGGCCACACAGUCGUGGGUGAACAGGGGACUAAGCACACACCCUUGAGGGGCCCCCGUGUUGACAGUAAGUGUGGCGGAUGUGUGGUUGCCUACUCUCAACGCCUGGGGGCGGCCCAUCAGGAUGUCCAGGAUCCAGUUACAGAGGGAGGUGUUCAGUCCCAGGGUCCUUAGCUUGGUGAUGAGCUUGGAGGGGACUACGGUGUUGAAUGCUGUGCUGUAGUCAAUGAACAGCAUUGUGGACACCUGCUCGUCGAACAUCUCAUUCCAAAAUCAUGGGCAUUGGUAUGGAGUUGGUCCCCCCUUUUCUUCUAUAACAGCAUCCACUCUUCUGGGAAGGCUUUCCACUAGAUGUUGGAAGAUUGCUGCGGGGACUUGCUUCUGUUCAGCCACAAGAGCAUUAGUGAGGUCGGGCACUGAUGUUGGGCGAUUAGGCCUGGCUCGCAGUCAGUGUUUCAAUUCAUCCCAAAGGUGUUCGAUGGGGUUGAGGUCAGGGCUCUGUGCAGUCCAGUCAGGUUGUUCCACACCGAUCUCGACAAAUCAUUUCUGUAUGAACCUCGCUUUGAGCACGGGGGCAUUGUCAUGCUGAAACAGGAAAGGGCCUUCCCCAAACUGUUGCCACGAAGUUGAAAGCACAGAAUCGUCUAGAAUGUCAUUGUAUGCUGUAGCGUUAAGAUUUCCCUUUACUGGAGCUAAGGGGCCUAGCCCAAACCAUGAAAAACAGCCCCAGACCAUUAUUCCUCCUCCACCAAACUUUACAGUUGGCACUAUGCAUUCGGGCAGGUAGCGUUCUCCUGGCGUCCACCAAACCCAGAUUCGUCUGUCAGACUACCAGAUGGUGAAGCGUGACUCAUCACUCCAGAGAAUGCGUUUCCACUGCUCCAGUCGCGCUUGGCAUUGUGCAUGGUGUUCUUAGGCUUGUGUACGGCUGCUCGGCCAUGGAAACGCAUUUAAUGAAGCUUCUGACGAACUGUUCUUGUGCUGAUGUUGCUUCCAGAGGCAGUUUGGAACUCGGUAGUGUGUGUUGCAACCAAGGACAGACGAUUUUUACGCACUUCAGCACUCAGCGCUCCGUUUCUGUGAGCUUGUGUGGCCUACCGAUACGCGGCUGAGCUGUUGUUGCUCCUAGACGUUUCCACUUCAUAAUAAUAGCACUUACAGUUGACCGGGGCAGCUCUAGCAGGGCAGGAAUUUGACGAACUGACUUGUUGGAAAGGUGGCAUCCUAUGACGGUGCCACGUUGAAAGUCACUGAGCUCUUCAGUAAGGCCAUUCUACUGCCAAUGUUUGUCUAUGGAGAUUGCAAAUAUAGUGUAUAUUUUGAAGGCCAUUCUUGUGUUUCGAAAGGAGGGAAUCAAUAGAACAAAGUUUAUCUUUAUUUCACGCUCUUUCUUUCUGUCUUUCAUUCUCUCACUUUCCCUUUAUUCUCUUUCGAUUUCUCUCUCUUUCUCUCUCUCCUUCUCACUCUAUCACUCUUUUUCUAUAUCACUCUCUCUCUCUUUCUAUCCCCCACCCCCACCCCUUCUCUCUCUUUCUCUCUCAGGUUCCAGUUAAUGCUAAAUGGCUCUCUGGUGAUAACUGACGUCACCACGGACGACACGGGCAAAUACACCUGCAUUGCCGGAAACAGCUGCAGCAUCAGUGACCGUGUGGCACAGCUCUACGUAGUGGGUGAGUCUCUCUCUCUCUCUCUCUCGCUCUCUCUCUCUCUCUCUCUCUCUCUCUCUCUCUCAUACAGAUGCACACACAUAUACACACACGGCUGAAACAGGAUGCCACCGUCACCAUAUUACUGUGUGUGUGUGUGUGUAUGUUUGUGUGCGUGAGUAGCAAUCACGAGGACUGGAUGGGGACUGUAAUUAACCACUCAGUCAUCUGACCAUUCUAAUAACCUGUGAUGCCAGGGUCAUCAGUGAGGUGACAAGGACAGACCUUAGAUUGAAUCAACCCUCUUUCACACACACCGUGGCUCCUUGUGCUUGGCUUGUAAUUUGAAAUAGGAUGAUCAGGGUUUCGUAUUAUUCAAACCUCUCCCUGUGAGGAGUUAAGGGAGGCAGACGGUUUAGUUAGCAGAAGUAGUUAAUUGUAGGACAGAGGAAUUCAUUCAGCGUUUUCAAAUCAAAAUCAAAUCAAAUGUUAUUUGUCACAUGCGCCGAAUACAACCGGUGUAGACCUUACAGUGAAAUGCUUACUUACAAGCCCUUAACCAACAAUGCAGUUUUAAGAAAGAAUACCCCCCCCCAAAAAGUAACAAAUAAUUAAAGAGCAGCAGUAACAUAACAAUAGUACAAUAAUAAUAGUGAGGCUAUAUACAGGGGGUACCGGCACAGAGUCAAUGUGCGGGGGCACCGGUUAGUCGAGGUAAUUGAGGUAAUAUGUACAUGUACAGUGCCUUGCAAAAGUAUUCAUCCCCCUUGGCGUUUUUCCUAUUUUGUUGCAUUACAACCUGUCAUUUAAAUGGAUUUUUGUUUGGAUUUCAUGUAAUGGACAUACACAAAAUAGCCCAAAUUGGUGAAGUGAAAUGAAAAAAAUAACUUGUUUCAAAAAAUUAGACUAAAUAAAUAACGGAAAGGUGGUGCGUGCAUAUGAAUUCACCCCCUUUGCUAUGAAGCCCCUAAAUAAGAUCUGGUGCAACCAAUUACCUUCACAUAAUGAGUUAGAUUGCACACAGGUGGACUUUAUUUAAGUGUCACAUGAUCUAUCGAUCUCAGUAUAUAUAUACACCUGUUCUGAAAGGCCCCAGAGUCUGCAACACCACUAAGCAAGGGGCAUCACCAAGCGGCACCAUGAAGACCAAGGAGCUCUGCAAACAGGUCAGGGACAAAGUUGUGGAGAAGUACAGAUCAGGGUUGGGUUAUAAAAAAAUAUCAGAAACUUUGAACAUCCCACGGAGCACCAUUUAAAUCCAUUAUUAAAAAAUGGAAAGAAUAUGUCACCACAACAAACCUGCCAAGAGAGGGCAACCCACCAAAACUCACGGACCAGGCAAGGAGGGCAUUAAUCAGAGAGGCAACAAAGAGACCAAAGAUAACCCUGAAGGAGGUUCAAGUGUUCUGUUUUUUUUGUCUUAUUUCUUGUUUGUUUCACAAAAAAAAAUAUUUUGCAUCUUCAAAGUGGUAGGUAAAUCAAAUGAUACAAACCCCCCAAAAAUCAAUUUUAAUUCCAGGUUGUAAGGCUACAAAAUAGGAAAAAUGCCAAGGGGUGUGAAUACUUUCGCAAGCCACUGUAGGAAGAGUUAUUAAGGGGGGGGGGGGGGGGAUGCUCUUGAUGGUGCAGCUUUAGAACCUUUUGAGGAUCUGAGGACCCAUGCCAAAUCUUUUCAGUCUCCUGAGGGGGAAUAGGUUUUGUCGUGCCGUCUUCACGACUGUCUUGGUGUGCUUGGACAAUGUUAGUUUGUUGGUGAUGUGGAUACCAAGGAACUUGAAGCUCUCAACCUGUUCCACUACAGCCCCGUCGAUGAGAAUGGGGGCGUGCUCGGUCCUCUUCUUUUUCCUAUAGUCCACAAUCACCUCCUUUGUCUUGAUCACGUUGAGGGAGAGGUUGUUGUCCUGGCACCACACGGCCAGGUCUCUGACCUCCUCCCUAUAGGCUGUCUCGUCGUUGUCGGUGAUCAGGCCUACCACUGUUGUGUCAUCGGCAAACUUAAUGAUGGUGUUGGAGUCAUGCCUGGCCAUACAGUUAUGAAUGAACAGGGAGUAAAGGAGGGGACUGAGCACGCACCCCUGAGGGGCGGAUGUGUUGUUACCUACGCUUACCACCGGGGGGCGGCCCGUCAGGAAGUCCAGGAUUCAGUUUCAGAGGGAGGUGUUUAGUCCCAGGGUCCUUAGCUUGGUGAUGAGCUUUGAGGGCACUAUGGUGUUGAACGCUGAGCUGUAGUCAAUGAAUAGCAUUCUCACAUAGGUGUUUGUUUUGUCCAGGUGUGAAAGGGCAGUGUGGAGUGCAGUAGAGAUUGCAUAAUCUGUGGCUCUGUUGGAGCGGUAUGCAAAUUGGAGUGGGUCUAGGGUUUCUGGGAUAAUGGUGUUGAUGUGAGCCAUGACCAGCCUUUCAAAGCAUUUCAUGGCUACAGACGUGAGUGUUACGGGUCAGUAGUCAUUUAGGCAGGUUACCUUAGUGUUCUUGGGCACAGGGACUAUGGUGGUCUGCUUGAAACAUGUUGGUAUUACAGACUCAGACAGGGAGAGGUUGAAAAUGUCAGUGAAGACACUUGCCAGUUGGUCAGCUCAUGCUCGGAGUACACGUCCUGGUAAUCCAUCUGGCCCUGCGGCCUUGUGAAUGUUGACCUGUUUAAAGGUCUUACUCACAUCAGCUACGGAGAGCGUGAUCACACAGUCGUCCGGAACAGCUGAUGCUCUCAUGCAUGUUUCAGUGUUACUUGCCUAGAAGCGAGCAUAGAAGUAAUUUAACUCGUCUGGUAGGCUCGUGUCACUGGGCAGCUUGUGGCUGUGCUUCCCUUUGUAGUCUGUAAUAGUUUGCAAGCCCUGCCACAUCCGAUGAUCAUCGGAGCCGGUGUAGUACGAUUCGAUCUUAGUCCUGUAUUGACGCAUUGCCUGUUUGAUGGUUCGUCAGAGGGCAGAGCGGGAUUUCUUAUAAGCUUCCGGGUUAAUGUCCCACUCCUUGAAAGUGGCAGCUCUACCCUUUAGCUCAGUGCGGAUGUUGCCUGUAAUCCAUGGCUUCUGGUUAGGUAUGUACGUACAGUCACUGUGGGGAGGACGUCAUCGAUGCACUUAUUGAUGAAGCCAGUGACUGAUGUGGUGUACUCCUCAAUGCCAUCGGAAGAAUCCCGGAACAUAUUCCAGUCUGUGCUAGCAAAACAGUCCUGUAGCUUAGCAUCUGCUUCAUCUGACCACUUUUCUAUUGACCGAGUCACUGGUGCUUUCUGCUUUAGUGUUUGCUUGUAAGCAGGAAUCAGGAGGAUAUAAUUAUGGUCAGAUUUGCCAAAUGGAGGGCGAGGGAGAGCUUUGUACGCGUCUCUGUGUGUGGAGUAAAGGUGGUCUAGAGUUCUUUCCCUCUGGUUGCACAUUUAACAUGCUGGUAGAAAUUAGGUAAAACUGAUUUAAGUUUCCCUGCAUUAAGUCCCCGGCCACUAGGAACGCCGCCUCUGGAUUAGUGUUUUCCUGUUUGCUUACGGCCGAAUACAGCUCAUUGAGUGCGGUCUUAGUGCCAGCAUCGGUUUGUGGUGGUAAAUAGACAGCUACGAAGAAUAUAGAUGAAAACUCUCUUGGUAGAUAGUGUGGUCUACAGCUUAUCAUGAGAUACUCUACCUCAGGCGAGCAAAACCUUGAGACUUCCUUAGAUAUCGUGCACCAGCUGUUGUUUACAAAUAUACAUAAGCCACCACCCCUUGUCUUACCAGAGGCUGCUGUUCUAUCCUGCAGAUACAGUGUAUAAUCCACCAGCUGUAUGUUAUUCAUGCCUUUGUUCAGCCACGAUUGGUGAAACAUAAGAUAUUACAGUUUUUAAUGUCCCGUUGGUAGGAUAUACGUGCUUUUAGUUCGUCCACUUUAUUUUCCAGUGAUUGUACAUUGGCCAAUAGUACCGAUGGCAAAGGCAGAUUAGCCACUCCUCGCCGGCUCCUUAUCAGGCACCCCGAUCUCCUUCCGCGAUAUCUCCAUCUCUUUCUCCUGCAAAUGACGGGUAUGAGGGCCCUAUCGGGUGUCUGGAGCAAAUCCCUCUCGUCCGACUCAUUAAUGAUUAUUUGUCCAGUUCAAGGUGAGUAAUCGCUGUUCUGAUGUCCAGAAGCUAUUUUCGGUCAUAAGAGACAGUAGCAGCAACAUUAUGUACAAAAUAAGUUACAAAAUAAGUUACAAUCAAUGCGAAAAAACUCACAAAAUAGCACGGUUGGUUAAGAGUCAAUAAAACGGCAGCCAUCCCCUCCGGCACCAUUACUAUGACUCAAGUUUGUAAGGCUCUGGUUAGAAAUGGAUGAUGUGAGUGUGAAAUCUUUGGAUGUUUUUUUCUGGGCCAGUUUGCCCAACAAAGACAUUAAAGAAAAGAAUGUUCGGAACUGACAGGUUGAAAAUUGCAGAUUUGGGCACUGUUAAGCACCUAAAUUGGAAUGCAGUGGCUGUACAGUAACAUGCUAUACAUAACGUCAGAGCUCAGGCUCUGCGCUUUACAGCGCUGUAGGGGUUUUGAUUGACAGCCGUUCUGAACUUGAGCACCGCAAGCGACAAGAAGUUGCCUCCAUCCCUCCCACAAACUGGGCAACUUUUAAAUAUUUUUUUUUGUCUGAAUGAGGGAAAUGCUGUAAAUUAUUAUAAUUGUUAUUAAUUCGCCUCAGAAUGCACCCAUCACUUCUUUCAAUGCACACUAAAAUUACGAUCUGUUUCUCUGAAUUGCCUUGUGAAAGCCUAACACUGUAAGAUCGUAUUUUAUAACUUAGCUGGUCUUGUUGGCAAUAGAACAAGCUUUCAAAUGAUGCCCACCUGACCCAGAAUGCGAUUUAUAAUGAUCCAUUUUUGGAUUGCGUAAACAACAACAGUAAUUGUGUGAUGGUGGGGACGCAGGGUUGUGUUCCAAACAAAACAACUACAAGUGUGUUUGCUCUAGUUCCUCAACGGCACAGCUAGGAGAGCUAAAGAAAAGUUCCUUAUAGUUGAAGACUCUUCUUUGAGUUAUAAAAGUGCAUUGAAAUUACUUAGGAACUGUGCACACUCUGGAGAGGUGUGUGGCCACUUGGAGACACCAGUUAGUCCUCUCACUUAACAUGUUGUCUUAUGUUACACCUACCCCACAUUUCCCAGGAAUAUUCUUAUCAUGUUACUGAAUGUAUCCACAUUAUUUUCAGAUUUAGUUAUCAACAAAUACGGCAAAAAGUACAGUAAAUGUAAAAUGCUCAUAAAAUCAACAGUGUAAUGUUUGGAUUCAGUCUUGUGUCAGGUGAACUGUUGUGUCCUUAAAUGUGGUCUAAUACAUUUCCCAGAAUCUCCAAACUGUUCCCUUUCAGUUGCUACAAUGCUUAUGCAUUUCAUAUUUCUUCUGUAAGAAACAUUUUAAUUGAACCCUGUUCAAAUAGGCCAAUUCCCACAAGUGCAAAGAGUUAACGAACCACAUGAUGUGUAUUCAAUAUUACUUGGAUGGACACACAACACUAUUUUCUCAAGCAGUGGGUGCCAGAUUGAAGAACAUAUCAAGCUGAGAUAUGUCCACCCAUGUCCCAUACCAUCUGUUGUGUAUAUGACGUCUCAAUCCCAAAUUAACUAUCCCUUUAAAUUGAACUACCACAACUCACUCCUCUGUUACAGUAAACCAGGCUGUUAUUGUUAAAGGGAAAUAUAUUCUCAAUAACCUACAUGGAUAAAUAAAAGUACCAUCUGAUGAACUAUCACUUCAACUUGAACUAACACAGCUCAUUCUGUUUAACAAAGAGAAUGUGCUCUCAUCAACCUACCUGGAUAAAGAAAAUAAAUAACCAUAAUGUCCUUUCUCCUCUGUCUUUGGCAGAGAAACCGGUGCAGACAUUGGUGGACCAUGAGGAGAAGGCACCCUAUAAGAUGAUCCAGACUAUAGGUCUGUCUGUGGGGGCGGCAGUGGCCUACAUCAUCGUGGUGCUGGGCCUCAUGUUCUACUGCAAGAAGAGACGCAACGCCAAGAGACUGCAGAAGGGCCAGGAGGGAGAGGAGCCUGAGAUGGAGUGUCUUAACAGUGAGUUGGGGGGUUAGGGGUGUGUGUGGGGGGGGUGGUUUGGUGGGUGCGUGGGUGGGUGGGUUUCGCAAGUGGCUAGUUUGCAUCAACUACCUUAACUAAAACCACUGCAAAGGUUUUGCUUGCAAACUUUAGUUUCGAAUCGUGACGUUCUGGCAUGAUUUGUUGCGAUAGUCCCCAAUUUCUUUCCCUUCCCUUAUCAACGUAGGCAGUGACAUAGUUCCUCUAUGCCAAAAGAGUCCAUCAUUAAACCAGACCCUAUUCACUGUGUUGCCUAGGGUCUGGUUUUCGAGACUAAGUGUCAAUUGCAGGUGGGUUUCUGAGUAAAUUCACUGUUUACUAUAAUCUUGUGUAGGCUACGUGUCUGGCAAGUAAUUGUGUCUUUGUGAGUCACAGAAGAAACAUUUAUUUAUGAGUCUGUGUGUCUGAAUGCUCUUACCUACUCCAUGCUCUGCCCGUACAUGUUGAACAUUUUGUGUUCACUCAUAUCCAGUUGACUUGCUACCACCUUGUGGCUGCCAAGAGCAUUGCAAGGAAAGUGCAAUAGUCACCAUCUUCAAAUACCUGGGUGUUGAGUGUUACCUUGUCUUAUGUAAGAUUAAAUAAGCAAAACUGGGGUGCUCUCCUUACAAACUAAAUACUUAUCUUUUUGAAGUUAAUCCACAUAUAAUGGCUCCACUUGUUCCCUUUCAUCUGUACAACUGGCCCUGAAGUGCUCAGCGCUCAAAGUAUGGGGUUAUAGGCCUAUGGGGUUAUAGGCCUACACACUCAAAUAACUUUUCUUUCUGAUUUCAAAAUAUUUGCAUUAUUAUAAAAUGGUUAUGAAAUAUUUCUAAUCAUCAAACUGGAGUAUGUUUGAAUUGUGUUGGGCAAUAUCUGCCCAUAUUACUGUCUCCACAUUUCCUGGUGGAUUUCACAUCACAUGACACAUUCGGUGUGUUUCAGGGGAUUAUUUUGACCAAGGCGAGGUGCAGAAUCGCUUAUCUUGACCACAUAAUGAGUAGUUAUUUGGGAUGCAAGGUGAUUUGUACAUCAGUGAUUCUGUGCAGUCAAUCUCAAACAUGCACAUUGUGUAAUGUGGUUGCUGUCCACCAGGAGGGGCUGUACAGCAGAAUGGCCACACCACAGCUGAAAUCCAGGAAGAGGUGGCCUUGACCAGCGUGGGCACCACAGCAGCAGCAGAGAAACGCCAUAGCAGUGCCAACGAAAAGCUUCAUUUCCCCCGGGCAGACCUACACACCAUCACUACACUGGGUAAGAUGGUCACACCGGUUUGAGGAGUGAGUCUAAUUGAGAACGUGCCGUACAGCUGUGCACUGUACAGCAAUAGCUGGAGUAAACGCUUGGAACACAUUUUCAUUCACUUACUUAAUUUCACCUCUAUUUACCAGGUUUGUCUUAAAUCCUAACCCUGGAAGAGAAUGUUGGCAUAUCUAAUCUCUGACCUGUGUGUGUGUGUGCCUGCGUGCGUGCGUGCCUACCUGUCUGUCCGUCUGUCUUCCUGCCUGCGCCUGCCUGGGUGUAGGGAAGGGGGAGUUUGGCGAGGUGCUGCUGGCCAAGGCGAAGGGCAUCGAGGAGGGCGAGGAGGAGACGGUGGUGCUGGUGAAGAGCCUACAGAGCAGAGACGAGCAGCUACAGCUGGAUUUCCGCCGUGAGGCCGACAUGUUCUCCAAGCUGAGCCACGGCAACGUGGUGCGACUGCUGGGACUGUGUAGGGAGGCCGAGCCCCACUAUAUGAUCCUGGAGUAUUACGACCUGGUAAACACACACAUACAUGUGCGCACAAAGACGCACACACACAUAGAUGCACACAUGAGCGAGCGCACACACAUACAUACAAGCGAAUUAACACACACACACUACAUGAUAGAUGCUGAACAAUUACAUACCCAUAUAGCAUAGUGUAACAUACUCUUAUCCAUGCUUUAUAUUCAUAUAGACUAUAGCAAUUGUCUAUGCAAGGUUUAUGAAGUUAUGCAGUUUAAAUUUGAGUACUCUAAUAGAUCACGCAACUAACCUUGGUACAUGCCUCCAUGUGUGUUCUUUUUAUCGUUAUACUUCCUACAUUUACAAAGUGAACAUGUUUUUGACCUUUGAUUCUUUAUUUAUAUCUCUUUCUGUUUCCUUGGAAAUAGGGAGAUCUGAAACAGUUCUUGAGAAUCUCCAAAAGCAAAGAUGAGAAAAGCAACUCCCAACCUAUCGCCACCAAGACCAAAGUAAGUAGCGUUCACUACAUGUUGGAUGUAAUUUGCUUAUUUCAUUUGAAAAACAAGCACACGACACAUGCCAUUAUGCCCCCUUUAAUGGAAACGUUAUGAUCCUGCUAGAUGGCACACAGGUGUCUGCAUUUUGAUGCAAACUAGUCCUUUUUUCAAAAUAUUUUUGACAACUUUAUAAAACCCUACUAUGUUAAACCUGCUUGAUUCAUGCUAUCCCGUGUUAAGCAGCUUUGUAUUACAGUUGAAGUCGGAAGUUUACAUACACUUAGGUUGGAGUCAUUAAAACUCGUUUUUCAACCGCGCCACACAUUUCUUGUUAACAAACUAUAGUUUUGGCAACUCGGUUAGGACAUCUACUUUGUGCAUGACACAAGUAAUUUUUCCAACAAUUGUUUACAGACAGAUUAUUUAACUUAUAAUUAACUGUAUUGCAAUUCCAGUGGGUCAGAAGUUUACAUACACUAAGUUGACUGUGCCUUUAAACAGCUUGGAAAAUUCCAGAAAAGUCUUGGCUUUAGAAGCUUCUGAUAGGCUAAUUGAAAUCAUUUGAGUCAAUUGGAGGUGUACCUGAGGAUGUAUUUAAAGGCCUACCUACAACCUCAGUGCCUCUUUGCUUGACAUCAUGGGAAAAUCAGCCAAGACCUCAGAAAAUAUUUUGUAGACCUCCACAAGUCUGGUUCAUCAUUGGGAGCAAUUUCCAAACACCUGAAGGUACCACGUUCAUCUGUACAAACAAUAGUACGCAAGUAUAAACACCAUGGGACCACGCAGCCGUCAUACCGCUCAGGAAGGAGACGCGUUCUGUCUCCUAGAGAUGAAUGUACUUUGGUGCGAAAAGUGCAAAUCAAUCCCAGAACAACAGCAAAGGACCUUGUGAAGAUGCUGGAGGAAACAGGUACAAAAGUAUCUAUAUCCACAGUAAAACAAGUCCUAUAUCGACAUAACCUGAAAGGCCGCUCAGCAAGGAAGAAGCCACUGCUCCAAAACCGCCAUAAAAUGCCAGACAUUGGGACAAAGAUCGUACUUUUUGGAGAAAUGUCCUCUGGUCUGAUGAAACAAAAAUAGAACUGUUUGGCCAUAAUGACCAUCGUUAUGUUUGGAGGAAAAAGGGGGAUGCUUGCAAGCCGAAGAACACCAUCCCAACCGUGAAGCACGGGGGUGGGAGCAUCAUGCUGUGGGGGUGCUUUGCUGCAGAAGGGACUGGUGCACUUAACAAAAUAGAUGGCAUCAUGAGGAAGGAAAAUUAUGUGGAUAUAUUGAAGCAAGACAGGAAGUUAAAGGUUGGUCGCAAAUGGGUCUUCCAAAUAGACAAUGACCCCAAGCAUACAUCCAAAGUUGUGGCAAAAUGGCUUAAGGACAACAAAGUCAAGGUAUUGGAGUUGCCAUCACAAAGCCCUGACCUCAAUCCUAUUGAAAAGUUGUGGGCAGAACUGAAAAGGCGUGUGCGAGCAAGGAGGCCUACAAACUUGACUCAGUUACACCAGCUCUGUCAGGAGGAAUGGGACAAAAUUCACCCAACUUAUUGUGGGAAGCUUGUGGAAGGCUACCCGACACGUUUGACCCAAGUUAAACAAUUUAAAGGCUAUGCUACCAAAUACUAUGCUACCAAACUUCUGACCUACUGGGAUUGUGAUGAAAGAAAUAAAAGCUGAAAUAAAUCAUUCUCUCUACUAUUAUUCUGACAUUUCACAUUCUUAAAAUGAAGUGGUGAUCCUAACUGACCUAAGACAGGGAAUUUUUACUAGGAUUAAAUGUCAGGAAUUGUGAAGAACUGAGUUUAAAUGUAUUUGGCUAAGGUGUAUGUAAACUUCCGACUUCAACUGUAUAUGCUAAUGCCCUCUCUCUCUCUCUCUCUCCCUCAUCAUCUACCCAGAUAUCCAUCUGUGCCCAGGUGGCUCAUGGGAUGGAGCACAUGUCCAAUCACCGCUUCGUCCACAAGGACCUGGCCGCCCGUAACUGCCUGAUCAGUGGCCAACGCAGCGUCAAAAUCUCAGCUCCCAGCCUCAGCAAGGAUGUUUACAACAGGUAAGAGAUGGGGCCUGCCAUGUGUAGUUACGGUCUAUCAUGUGAGAAGAAAGUAUAGCAAAAGUGUACUAGGAUGAUCUAUGCAGCCAUUGUUAAGUGUAAAGUCAAGACAAAAAUAGUAACACGUUAUCAUGCACAUAAUUAAGCUAUAUUGACAUUUGUCUGUCUCUCUCUCUCUGUCUGUCUGUCUGUCUGCAGUGAGUACUACCACUACCGGCAGGUGUGGAUCCCCCUGCGUUGGCUCCCGGCUGAGUCUGUGUUUGAGGAUGACUUCUCCACCAAGUCAGAUGUCUGGGCCUUCGGGGUGCUCAUGUGGGAGGUGUUCAGUCACGGGGAACUGCCAUACACCAAACUCAGUGAUGACGAGGUGCUGGAAGGUCAGUAUAAAUCAAUAGAAAUGUAGAACAAUAGAAAUGUACUUGGUGCCCACCAAUCUGUGUGCUCCAAUGGCUGAGCAAUCACUGUUCAGAUAUCAGUCCUGCAAAGAGUACUGGGCCUGUCCGAGUACCCAUACUUGCGUUUUAAAUAGUAGGCUGAUUGGGUAUGAGAAAAUAGAAUGUUUUAUAGUAUGUGAAAAUUUAAAAAAUGUAGUAUGCUUUAAAUGCCAGGAUGUCAUACUCAUUUGGGCUUUUCAUCUAUCAUGAAUUCGCUGCACACUAUUGAGGAAGAGAAUUGUCUUUCCAGACCCACAUGUGUUUGACAACAGCCUAUAAUCAGAUAAGGUGAUGCGCUGUACCAAAAUGGACAAAUGGAGGGAAACAACACAAUUGUGCAUUAGAUGAUGCAUUCUCAGUAUGGACACGCCUAGUAUGUUGAUAGUUUUUUAUUACAUACGUUUUUACUAAACAGUACAUUCUAAAUAGUAUGCAGUUUUAGGUAGUAGCAGGCAAGAUAGAUUUCGGACACGGCCACUCUGUCCUAUUCUUGGAGUAGCUUCAAGCUAUUCUCAAGUGGCUAUUCUCAGUCUCAGAACUGUGAUGAAUCAUGGUUCUGUUAGGGGAACAACUUGUAUUUGGUUGACAUUGUAUUGAGAUACACUGUACUGUAGGUCACCUUGACAAAGAAAGUGGCACAUACAGUAUCAUCAUGUUAUUAUCAAGCUGAGGGCAGGCAAUCUACCCAAUCAUUUUUAUGAAUCCCCUAUCAGAAACAACUUCACACCAUUCUUAUGAUGAUUUCACUCAUUGUUCCAUAAGAAUGGAGUGAAUGAGUCAAAUCACCUUGACCUGUAUGUUCUCUCUCCCAAGUCUAACCUCCCCUGUUUCUCUGCUCCACUCUUCUCUCCCCAGGUCUGCAGGCAGGCAAGAUGAAGCUGCCCGUGCCCGACGGCUGCCCCUCCAAAGUCUACAAGCUCAUGUGCCGCUGCUGGGCCCCCAGUCUCAAAGAGCGUCCCUCCUUCAGCGAGGUUGUCAAUGCCCUGGGGGAUCUGUCCUCUGACAGCAAUGUCUGAGAGGAGGACAACUGAACCCACCCCACCCCAAAGGGUGACAUCUCCCCCCGCACCCCCCAAAAAAUAAACACAGAAAUUCUGGAUUCUGAGUCGCACACAUUUCAGGGACCAGGGAGGGACCAGGAGUUUGGACAAGAAGAAGAAGAGAACACUUUUGUUAUACCAAUGGAUUGGAUACAUACCGUUGUGUAGAUGGUUUCAUGUGUGGAGGACACGAGUGCCAGGAGUUUACGUUUGCCUUAAUCGCAGCAUGGAAGGCAUACCAGCUGACGCUGUCCCUCUUGGCCCAUGUGGUUCCAGUGGGCCCAUGCCUGGCAUGGGUCUCUCAGGGCUGGUUUGUCCCAGAGACGCUCUCCCUCUCUUUUUUGACCCUGCAGCACAGGAACCAUAAAAACUAAAAUGCCUCUCCUUGCCUACCUGAACCUCAAUCUACCAACUCUAAAGUCCCCCCCCAACCAAUCCAGGAGGAGAACCUAAGAUAUUUUUAUCAAUCAGGGGGACCUUUGUGUAUGUGCUGGACUGGACUCACCACCUGAAAGCUGUAUCUAGUGUGUUUCAGACUUGGAAUUUGCAGCCUCUAAUGUGUGCCACUGAUGCUGUUGGCUGAGCUGUUGUUCUGAUAUCUAUUGGAGGCAAGAUCUGAGUAUAAGCACCAAUGGACAAGGUUUCGCAUGAGGUUUUUACUAUAAAGUUUAAACUUGAAAGUCUGUUACUCAUUGUGUCUGGGGAACUCAGUGGAUUGACUUGUCUGUGUGAAUUAUUAACUUUACAGGAACAAAUGUACUAUCAAAUUUAUAGCCAUGGAAUAUCUCGAGUGAGUGAUUUUUUUUUUUUUUUUUUUGUGCACUUUUUAAUCUCUUAUGAGUGUGUUACGAGUAUCAUUUGAACUCUAAGGUGCUCGAUGGUGACCAUCAUUGAUGGGAUUACCAUAUAAUAGACCACAUAUUAGAUGUAUAACCAUGUUAUCACUUUUGCAGUCUGUCAUUAUUAAAUGGCCUGCGAUGCUGUCUUUUCAGAGGUCCAAUCACAAUUCCCCUUUCUUUCUAGCUGGUCCAAUGAUUUUGUGCAAUGUUGUAAUGUGGACCAUCCCACAAGACAAUGUGUACAUAAUGUAGAAACCAUGCACUAACUUCACUUAAAAAUAUCCCUUUUUAUUACUAUUAUAUUGUAAAAGGAUGUACCUACGGGAACCUGUUUAUUUAUUAUGAAGGUCCCGUCUUUUUUACCUUUUUAUUUUUCUUCAUAAAAAGGUACUUUAAUCACUUAAUGCAGUUGCAUAUGUAUUCAGUCUCUUAUGAUACAUCUCAGUAAUGCAGUCAGUUUGGUAAUAUAUUUGUUAUUACCAAGAGCAAAGAUGGAUGAGAGAGAGAGUCACCAAUGCUCUUCAAGGGACUCUGAAGUGCCUGGUAAAUGAAGGAUUAUUAGCUGUUUUUCCACUUUCCUUUUUCACAAUAUCUAAUCAAAAUGCAAUGGCCUUUUUUGUUUUUUAUAUAUUGUUUUUAGUGCGAAACUGUUUUUUGUGUUAUUGAAUGCUAGGCGCUCACACCUAGGCCUCUUUUUUAAUCAGCUUCAGCUAAUGGUCACAGUAACCUCAAUGUAUACAAGCUGCUCUCAAUAAAGGAUCACGUUUUUUUAAACUAA